AUGGGAAAGGGAGGUAGUGGAAGCGGUUGCAGCGGGAGUAGCGGCAGCUGGAGCGGUGGCGGUGGCGGCGGCGGUGGCGGCGGCGGCUAUUGCAAGGGCCAGGACGGUUAUUAUCCUCGAACCCUGCCAAGGAAUAACAAGUUUAUCUCUGCUUUACAGAUUGAUGCAAUUGUAAACGCAGCCAAUUCCCGCCUCAUUGCUGGUGGGGGUGUCGAUGGAGCCAUUCACCGGGCUGCUGGGCCCUUUCUACAGGAGGAAUGCAAUUCCCUCCACGGCUGCGGCACUGGGGAAGCCAAGAUUACAAGUGGCUACAAUCUGCCUACUAAAUAUGUCAUUCACACGGUUGGCCCUCGGGAUGGUUCAGUGACAGCCCUGCAGUCCUGUUACGACAAGAGUCUCGCCUUCCACCACGAGCACAAAAUCAAGUCCAUCGCCUUCCCUUGCAUUGCCACUGGCAUUUACGGCUUCCCCAACCGUCUGGCUGCUCACAUCGCACUGCGUACAGCCAGAAAGUUCCUUGAGGCUAACGAAGAAAUGGAACGCAUCAUAUUCUGCACGUUCAUGCCGGUUGAUGUGGACAUAUACAAGACGUUAAUGCAGAUGUACUUCCCAGUGCACGGAUGGAAUUACAACGACGGGGCUUCAGUCUCUGAGUAAUUCAUAGGGACAGCCAUUCUUUUUGAAAUUUUUCAGGACAAACUAAUGUAAUGCGAUUAUCACACUGCACCGCGGUCCGCGUGGCGACAUAUAACGAAUCCCGCGCGCAAACGCGUUGUCAGUGUGUUGUGCCGCGCGUGUUUUCUAUACAAACUGAGGUACUUGCAUAUAAUGAUUAAAUCUGUAGUCCCGCGUACCGCGGCGGAGCGCGGUGCAGUGUGAUAAUCGCCUAAAAGGCAUUAUAUCAAACUAUUUUUUACAAUUGCCACCUCAACACUAAGCCAGUUGAGUUGAGUUCUGUAUACUCGUGUAAUCUUUGAGGCUAAAACAAAUUUGAGUCUUAUUUUGUGGCUGACAACGUCCAUUUAUUAUAACCCACCAAGAAGGCCUCCGUUUUUUCGAAUGAGGUAAAAACUGGCCUAACUAUUGAUAUAGUCAUUUAUUCAUGAUGUAAUUUUACUCGUAGACUAAGUCCAUGGCACAAGGUGCCGUUUUGUAUACGUAUAGCUUGAGUAUACUUUCUUUAUUUUUGCAUACAAGGGGAACUUU